AUGUCUGGGAACGAGGAGCCGUUGGUGAAGUCAACACUUGCCUCGAGUGCUGCCCCUCCGGGCCAGCCUGAGGCGGAAGCUUCGGCACCCUCUGGCAAUGGCCCUCAACCCUCGAAAGCGGGACGCCGACGACGCGCCCCCGACUCAAAGAACAAGCCACCCAAGAGUCAACACUUCUAUUUUGUCGACUCGAAUUCAUCUUCUAAAGAAAAGCGCGCCCAUGUCAUGCGCCAUCACGUACAAGAGAAAAAAAAGCAGCGCAAGAUGUCGCAUGGCUCUGCGGAACAAGCUUCCGGUGGUAUCGCAUGGCCGAUGAAGGCAGAUGCAGGACUCAUUGCCGACACGGAAUCCGAUACGUCUUCGACAGCGCAAGAACCUUCCGACAGUCAAUUUUCGCAACUUCAAAUUAGAUUCUCCAAUGUGAAACCACCCUCUCAAUCUCUACCACUACAUAUUGGUUCGCCUGUCACGAUACUCGAUGCUUCUCGAAAAGAUCCAUUCGACAGUCUCCCGAUGGAAUACGACCGCGAAGAUCUCGAAUUAGCUGACUUAUGGACAAACAAGUUAACAUAUUGGUCCGGGCAGAACCUUUACUUAAAGAACCAAAUAUUCCGUACGGCAAUGGGAAACCCUCUCUCAUUCAAGGCGGUUGUCCUUGCAUACUGCGCGCGGUGGAAGGCACAACUAUACGGCAUGACAGACAGCUUGGAAAUACAGCGCCAUGUCGGCCAAGCCACCAAACUUAUCGAAGAGGCAACCUCGGGCUCCAUGGAAGUGAAACCGGAUGACCUUGCAAUGGCCUUGGCUGGAAUGGCCUUGCACGAGGAACGAUUCGGGAGUAAACAGAAAGCGCAAGAUCAUGUCAAUCGAGCCGUUCAACUUAUGCGGCCGCGAACAGGGACCAACAUGCCCGUGGAAACAUUCAUACACUACGUGCGCUACAUUAUGACACCCGAGAUCCCAAAGAUCAACCAGUCCGAGCAGAACUGGCUACUCACAUUUCUCCGUGGAGCGGAAAAUCUUAUGCAACGGCAAAGCACGCCCGGGUACCUCUCCAAAGCACCUCACCGUUUCAAAGCAUUCCAAAUGGAGAGCCCACUAUUCUCUCUACUAUCCAGUGGGCCGCGUCCCUCCCAGGUCCCGCAGGCCUGGCGCAUAUAUGUGGUUCGUGACGCACAGACACAAGAGGUCAGCCGAACAGCAGCCCUCAUCUAUAUCACCGCUGCACUCUGGUAUUUUCAAGAUUCCCCUGAUAAAACCGAUCGGUUCCUGGCACAGGUGUGCGCCAUGGUGAAACAGCAUCACCUGGACCAGGAUCCAGCUUGCGAAACGCUCCUCUGGUUACUGCUGGAGGAAGGAUAUGAUUCCGAUUUACGGGAUCCCGAACGCGGUUGGUCGACAGGCGAGUUGCUCCAAUGUCACAAGCAACUCCGACCCGACCUUCAAUUCCAAUUUAACGAGAUCCUCAUGAGCUUCCUCUCUCUGCACACACCUAUCCGCGGGGUCAACGUCUUUGAAGAGGAGCUUCAUAGCCAAUAA